GGAGUUCAUCAGGAGCGAAAUGUUACUUUACUGCCGCUGAUGAAACAAUGACCUCUUAAUACAGUUUCUACUACACAGACACAUUCAGAGGAUUGGUUACUAUUGGCUGAUUAGCGACAAACACUUAUUGAUCAGAUAUUCGGAACAGAAUGAACUUUAAUACAACUGUCCUCCAUGACUCCAAUGUCUCAUCCCAUUCCCACCCAACGAAAUCUACAUUGGACAUUAUCUUCUACACCAUCAUUGUUCUCUUAGGCACCACUGGAAACUCUGUGGUCAUCUGGGUGGCCAGUGUCCGUAUGAAACCCAAUGUCACCAAAAUAUGGCUGGUCAACCUCGCUGUGGCUGACCUGAUCUUCUGUCUGUCACGAGUGACCUCACUCGUCAGAUAUUUCAUUGGCCACUGGCCAUUUGGGGACUUUGUCUGUAAGUUUAUGAGCUUUCUCAAGUAUACAAACAUGUUCUGCAGUGUUUUUCUUCUGGCUGUCAUCAGUGUGGAGCGAGUGAUCUGCGUGUGGUGCCCAGUAUUUGCCAGGAAUAAACGGACGUUAUGUGCUGCUCGUGUGAUCAGUUUGGGAGUUUGGAUUGUGGCGUUAAUCUUCAGUUCACCAAACUUAGUGUUCCGGGGGAUCCAUACUGAUCACAACUUGAGCUACUGCCAUGACAAGAAAGAAGCAAUCAAAGGAAAUUCAGCAAAGUAUGCUUUUUACUACAUUCGCUUCUUUUGUGGAUUGGUGUUUCCUUUCCUGGUGAUCUUCAUCUGCUACACACUGGCUGCUGUUGGGAUUCGAAGAACGAAACUCUCCGGCAAAUCAAGGCCUCUUCGGAUUCUUGCUUUAUUGGUUUUAACAUUUUUCUUAUGCUGGGCACCUUAUCACAUCCUAGGUCUUCUUAAAAUGAUAAAUAGAAAACACCCUGCUGUAAAGUUGGCAUGGCGUAUGUCUUCAAAUCUAGCGUAUUUUAACAGCUGUGUGAACCCAAUAUUGUACUUCUGCGUAGGACUGAAUCUCAAGCAACGCUGUAAUCAAAGCCUGUUAGGGAUUUUUCGCAGAGCUCUUACUGAAGGAGACCAAACUCCUACACCAGAUGGCACUAUUGAGGAACAGUCUAACAGUGUUUCAUAGGCUGCUGGUACAACACCUGAAUGAAUGUAGAUUAACUCUUUCCCCGCCAGCGAUUUAAAAAAAGUUGCCAGCCAGCGCCAGCGUUUUUCAUGAUUUUCACAAAAGUUUAAUGCCUUCCAGAAAAAUCUUCUUCAAAUAUAUAAACAUACAAUAUACCAAAUGAAAGAACAGACCCUCUGCUUUAAAAAAAAAAAAAAACGUUUCAUCCUACCUUCAGUAUUUCUUUUGUAAUCAGCUUUUGAAUAUGGGUAGGUUUCUGCAAAAACACCACAUUUUGAGCAAAAAGCAGAGAUAAUUCCAUUUUUGUGACGGACUUUUCAUAGAGAUCCCAUUCAUAGCGAUCUUUAAAACAGACACGGACAUGCAGCAGCUUGCCAUAGGGCAAUACUUCCGGUUUUAAAAAAGUUGGAUAAUAGCGGUAUUGCGGAAUGACGGAAAUACUCGUCAUUGGCGGGGAAGCGUUUUCUCUUGAUUGACGAGAUAUCUCGUCAAUGGCGGGGAAAGAGUUAAGUGCAUCACAGUUUUGUUAGCUAAAAUACUUAUCAGGAUCAAUGUUUAGCCAAAAAUUUUUCAAUGAGGUAUGAGGUAUGUUGAGGCAGACGUAAAGUAAUAGAGAAAUCUAAAUGUAUUAGUAAGUACUAAUGUUCAUUUUGGAAAAGCCUGCUACAGCAUCUGUAUAAAAGCACUUAAAACUUGGCUUCACUCAUUGAGUUCACAUUGAUUUUGAUCUUUUUCAGUUAAUAUUAAAGAUAUCAAGGUUAUAUUUUCAGACGAUGUUCUUAACAUUAUGCAGGAUGAUUUUAGUGUAACAGUAAAUCACAAAUGACCUUAGCUGAGUUUUCAUAGGCAGGGUUACAUUUG